UUUUUAAUAAAGUUUAUAGUAAAAGAAUUUUAGAAUUUCACAAUAAGUAACAGUUGUUAAAUGACAUGUACCCUCAGUGACUGAGGUAAAAUUCAACUGAGAUAGAUAGAGAUCGAAAUAAAUUUACUAACUCUGUUAGUAUUCAAUUGAGACUAGAAGUUGUGCUUAUGCGUUGAGCAGUUAAAGUGAUAGUGUGACCAUUGGAAUAAGUGUAAAGUGAUCCCAGCUUAAAGAGCAAGUCGUGUACUGCAUGUAAUAACCCUAAAUAAAGACAGCUAAACUGCUACUGUACGGAAGACGAUAGCAUUGCUCUGAGACCAGCAGCUAAGACAGUUGGACAUGUUGAUACAGACAAGAUUGUUAUUUGUUAUAUGUCUAACAGUCAAACUCCCCAACAUCUCCGGUGUGACUGAUGGACAUUUUUUGGAGCUGAUGUACGAAAGUAUUUCAAUUAACUUCAAUAGAAAUACUUUUACAGAGUAAGUUUGUUUUUUUUCUUUGUUUUUUUGUUUACACUUUUAUUGUAAUAUUAUGUGUACUGUUGUGUUGAUAUAGCCGACUCUUUUAAAAAUAAUAACUCUUUAUAAAAUAUUUCAAAAUAUGUUUAUGUUUGUUUCAUUUUUUGGAGCUGAUGUACGAAAGUAUUUCAAUUAACUUCAAUAGAAAUACUUUUACAGAGUAAGUUGGGUUUUUUUCUUUGUUUUUGUUUUUUUGUUUACACUUUUAUUGUAAUAUUAUGUGUACUGUUGUGUUGAUAUAGCCGACUCUUUUAAAAAUAAUAACUCUUUAUAAAAUAUUUCAAAAUAUGUUUAUGUUUGUUUCAUUUUUUGGAGCUGAUGUACGAAAGUAUUUCAAUUAACUUCAAUAGAAAUACUUUUACAGAGUAAGUUGGGUUUUUUUCUUUGUUUUUGUUUUUUUGUUUACACUUUUAUUGUAAUAUUAUGUGUACUGUUGUGUUGAUAUAGCCGACUCUUUUAAAAAUAAUAACUCUUUAUAAAAUAUUUCAAAAUAUGUUUAUGUUUGUUUCAUUUUUUUUUUAACAAAUAAUAGUCAGUGACUUGUUAAUGGUUUAUGAAAUUAAACUAAGGUUUAUUUUCGAAGCAUAUUGAAUGAAAAUAAAGGCAUCAAUCUUGUGUUCUCUGAAUUAAAGAAAAAAAACCCACUAACAAUCUAAUUCUCUUUUUGAGCAUAGAAAAUAGAAUCAACGCCAUUUAAUCUACUACCUUACUGCUAUUCACACAUUUCAAGCUGAGCAAUGUUGUUGUUUUGUUUUAUUUUGUUUUUUUUUAACUGGGAUUCGAUGUUUGAAUUGACUCAUCGGUACACUGAUGGGUUGAAAGGAAACAAAUAUUAUUGUAUAAAUUUGUUAAAAUUGUUGUUUUUAAAUUUAUUUUCCUAAAUUCCAAAGCAAAUUAUUCUUGUUUUUUUUAAAUGGAAUACAAGUUAUUGAAUGGGGAAAAAAAAGGAACCGAGUUCAAAAGUUAAACUAUUUAUUAAUAUAGAGCAUUUUGGAUUUCCUCUCUUUAAUGUGAUUUUGUUCUCUAUGAUAAUUAAAGUAUUCUAUUUCCCUCACAUCCGAUAGGUAACGAGCGGGUUACGUUAAAACCUAAUACAUUUGGUAGUUACGAGAAUCUCUUUGUCUCACAAAGUUUCGACGCCUUAUACCAGUGGCUUUUGAAUACGAUAACAUUUAAAGAUUUGAACUCUAAAACAUAAGACACUACCACACACAAAAAUUGCGCGAUUCAAAAUUAAACCCAUGCUGCUGCAAAAAAAAAAAAAAAAGAAAAAAGGAAAAAAAAGAACACAUUAAAAAGGGCAAGUAACUCAUUUGAUCCAACCCAACACACAGUCCUAACAAAUACCAUUAUUACCUCCCCUCCAAAGUAUUCUAAAGUAAAAAAAUGCGCGAUUAAAAAUAAAACCCAUACUGCUGAAAAAAAAAAAAAAAAAAAGAAAAAAAGGAAAAAAAAGAACACAUUAAAAAGGGCAAGUAACUCAUUUGAUCCAACCCAACACACAGUCCUAACAAAUACCAUUAUUACCUCCCCUCCAAAGUAUUCUAAAGUUAGAUUACAUAAAGAGAAGUCAAACGAUUUAAAGCAGCCAAACCCUUCUGUGUCAUUCCAGGUUCUACGAGUGUCUAUGCAGUGACGUCAUAAACACCUGCCAAACGACAACCUCUCCAUUCCAUUACUUCCCCACAAUACCCAGUACACAAGGUAAUCCGUACAUAGCCAAUGUAGAUGCUACGGAGAACACUACCAAGGCCGACCGCAAUACAUCGUUAUCCAUAUCAUGCUCAAUAGAAGUCACCAAGUCAUGGUUCUAUAUUCACUACUACGUUAAUAUAACAUGCGCUAGGACGAUGAGUCCUACAGGCAGCGUCAGUACAUUGUACUCACCAAGCUCAGGGACGUGUGACAAACAGACAUUGGAGGUAGUUUGGGACGCAAAUGUUACAGCAGUAUUUCCAACUGGUCAAACCACCCCAGCCGACAGCAUUAGAGAGACAACAACACACACUUCAGCUGCAGUUAGUGAAACAACAGACACUACUAAGCAUACUACAUCCAUUUCCACUGCAAUUAUUGAAACAACAGACACUACUAAACAUACUACAUCCAUUUCAACUGCAAUUAGUGAAACAGACACAACUAAACAUACUACAUCCAUUGCCACUGCAAUUAGUGAAACAACAGAUACUACUAAAUAUACUACAUCCAUUUCCACUGCAAUUAGUGAAACAGACGCUACUAAACAGACGACAUCCAUUUCCACUGCAAUUAGUGAAACAACAGACACUACUAAACAGACGACAUUCAUUUCAAAUGCAAUCAGUGAAACAACAGACACUACUAAACAGACGAAAUCCAAUUCAAACGCAAUUAGUGAAACAACAGACAGCACUAAACAGACGACAUCCAUUUCAAAUGCAACUAGUGAAACAACAGACACUACUAAACAUACAACAUCCAUUUCAAAUGCAAUUAGUGAAACAACCGACACUACUCAACAGACAACAUCCAUUUCCACUGCAAUUAGUGAAACAACAGAUACUACUAAAUAUACUACAUCCAUUUUCACUACAAUUAGUGAAACAACAGACACUACUAAACAGACGCCAUCCAUUUCCACUGCAAUUAGUGAAACAACAGACACUACUAAACAGACGCCAUCCAUUUCCACUGUAAUUAGUGAAACAACAGACACUACUAACCAGACGACAUUAAUUUCAAAUGCAAUUAGUGAAACAACAGACACUACUAAACAGACGCCAUCCAUUUCCACUGCAAUUAAAGAAACAACAGACACUACUAAUCAGACAACAUCCAUUUCAAAUGCAAUUAGUGAAACAACAGACUCUACUAAACAUACAACAUCCAUUUCAAAUGCAAUUAGUGAAACAACCGACACUACUCAACAGACAACAUCCAUUUCAAAUGCAAUUAGUGAAACAACAGACACUAAUAAACAGACGACAUCCAUUUCAACUGAUGUCAGUGAUACAACUAUGAUUAGUACGUUAGAAGAUAUGUCAUCAUCUGGAGGCCUGCUACCUACCGACAUCACGACGACUCAUGGCCCUGACCCUGUCCACACAUCACCGGACACUGUCAACACACCAAACAGGACUAUCAUUGAUGUGAUUAUCGGUGUGAUCGUCGGUCUCACAACACUCCUGGUCGUCCUCGUAAGUCUCUGCUACGUGUUCAGGAGACGGAGAAAUCGUCAUGUAACGUGUUUAAAGGCGAGGUUAAAAAGAACUCAUUGUUGCUGAUUCAAUUAUUACGCACACACACAAAUGAUAAGGAUUGUGUUUUUCUAGUGAGAAUUAAUAAAGUAUUAUUUUAAGUUCAAAUAAACUUUAUUAUUAUUAUUAUUACUAUGCGCCUACCUUUAGAUCAUAUUAACACUGACAUGUUUUAUCUCCCAUUUACACCUAGCAAAUGCUGCAUUGUUUUUUUUUAAGAAUAAUAAUAAAUCCUCCUUUUUGUUUAGUAACGACGUGUCUUUGUUUAGUAACGACGUGUCUUUGUUUAGUAACGACGUGUCUUUGUUU